AUGGCCAUGGCAUGCGCCAAAGGCGCCGCUGCGAAGUUUUGGCGCCGCAUGGAUAUAGGCUUGGUGGUCCUCCAAGCGCCUUCCUUCGCCCUUCCCUGCAGCCCUUUGCCACGAUAUAAAGUUCCCGGUCCCGUAGUACGACCCGCCGUGCGUGAGUUCUAUAGCUGA